AUGGCUUCCCUGAGAGAAGUGGAGCACUUGCAGAUUCCUCUCCCACUUAUAUUAUCGGCAACCAACAGCUUUGAUGAAAACAACUUAAUUGGAAAGGGUGGAUUUGGAAACGUGUACCAAGGCCAUUCCGAGCAAUAUGGCACCAUCGCCGUCAAGCGAUUAGAUCAUCGCAUCAGUGGGCAAGGGCAACAUGAAUUCAUGAUGGAGAUUGCGCUGCUUUCUGCUUAUAAACAUGAAAACCUUGCAUCACUGGUUGGGUUUUGCGACCAAGACGGAGAGAAGAUACUUGUUUAUAAGCAUGAAAGUAAUGGGAGCCUAGACAAAGUCUUACAAAGCAAAGAUCUGAAUUGGAUCCAACGUCUUCGGAUUUGCUUAGACGCUGCCCAUGGGUUGAAGUACCUUCAUGAUGAUGUUGGACCUCAACAUAGAGUUCUCCAUAGGCUUUGA